AUGGCGGGCCCGGCGGCGGCGGCGGUGGCGAUGGUGCUGGCGGUGUUAGUCUCCGCGAGCGGCGCCGCACACGCGUCUGCCGCGUAUGAGCUGCGGCUGGCCAACACGAGCGCCAUCCCCUUCCACCUACUAGACAACCCCUUUAAGGGCGGCCGCGCGCUACUGGCAGAUCCCAAGGAGCAGUGGGAGGAGUGGGAGCGGAUAGGGAGGUACAGCCAGAUCGCCAACCCCCAAAUGCCCGACAAGCACAGCAGCACGGGGCAGGUGGCGAUCCACUCGGUGCUGCUGCCGCAGUCGUAUAAGAUCCUGGUUUUUGGCAGGAACCUGCCGCUCAGCGGGCCCAAGUCCAAGCCGGAGCCGGGGGUCGGCGGCAACGUGUCCACCGUUUACGACGUGAAGACGGGCACGUACGUGGUGACGCCCAACUACGAGACCCUGUUCUGCGCCGGCCACACCAUCGCGAGCGACGGCAUGGUGGUCGCCGCCGGCGGCGACAUGGGCGUGAUUGGCGGCAAGAACCGGUACAAUUUCAUGAAGGAGGGGCGCGACGUGGUGCGGCUGUUUGACCGGAAGACCCUCAAGUGGACCACGCUGCCGGGGGUGAAGCUUUCGGAGUACCGCUGGUACCCGACACAGGUCGUUCUGCCUGAUGACCGGGUCAUCAUAGUCAGCGGCUUCCUGGACGACCCCGGGCGGCCGACAGGCAAGCCCGCGCCAUCCAUCGACAUAUUCGACUACAAGACCAAGCGGAUCACCGUGCGCAAGUCGCGGUACGACCUGGGCAAGAAGUUCUUCACCAACAUCACGCCCGGCUACCAGCUCUACCCCACUGUCCUGCUGCUGCCCUGGACAGACCCAGACGCGCCGGACGACCACUUCUUGCUGAUGUACACGUGCCGCACCGGCCAGAUCGUGAGGUUGACUAAGGACAAUCAGUUCCUGCCGUUGUGGAACUUCCCAGGCCUUGAGCCUCAGGGCAUGUGCGCGGCGUUCAGCGCGAUGGGGUCAUCCGUGCUGAUGCCCUUCCGCCCCGAGCGCGACUACGAGGUCGAGUUCGCCAUGUUUGGAGGCGGCACCCAGGGCAAAGGACUCGACUGCAAGGGCAUCUGCAACGAGCCGGCCAGCAAAUACAUUUUCCGCAUGAAGCUGCCGACGGUGAAGCAGGCCCUGGCCGGCGAGUGGCCCAAGUACUGGGCCUUCACCGGCGCGAAGCAGUACGAGGAGAUGCCCUGGCCCCGCGUGUUUGCGGACGCUGUCCUGCUGCCCAACGGCAAGAUCCUCGUGUGCAACGGCGCCCAGCGCGGCGUCCCCGGCGGCACCAUCGACGGCGGCAGCACCGCCAAGCAGGGCGCGUACACGGCGCUGCUGUACGACCCGGACAAGCCGGCCGGGAAGCGCAUCACGACGCUCGCGACCAGCAAGAUCCACAGGCGAGGCAGCGCGGCGGGGCGCCUGGGAAACGCGAAAAGCGAGUGUGUCGACAACUGCAAGGAGGGCGGCCUGGCGCCGGCGGGCCAGGAGUACCGCGCCGAGUUGCUGCAGCUGCCCUACGCCUUCGUGGACCGGCCCGUCAUCACCUCUGUCUCCAAGGAGAACGUCAAGUAUGGCGAGAAGAUCACGAUCGGCUACAAGCACGGCAAGGCGGUCACCGCCGCCACCAUCACCCCGCCCAGUGCCAACACGCACUCCACCAACAUGAUGCAGCGCGUCAUCUUUUUGAAGACGAGCGGCGUCACCCCAGACAGCAUCACAGUGGAGCUGCCCUCUCUGAAGAGCCGCGUCGCCAACCCCGGCUACUACAUGCUCUGGAUUCUCGAGGGCGACGUGCCCGCCAAGGAGGCCCGGUGGAUCAAGCUGGGGUGA